UACCUUCGCACCUAUCAAGACGGUCUUUAUGUUUUUUAUAAGGAACCAAAGGAGAAUCUUCCCGAGAUGACUUGCUCGGAAGCUCAUGGUUAUGGAAUGCUUAUAUCAGUAUUGAAGCGAAACCAAAUGGAUUUUGACGGUCUAUUUAGGUACUUUUUGCGCUGGCGUAACAGAAAAGGUCUGAUGCAGUGGCAGCAAAAGACAGGUCAUUCUGGAGAGUUUGUAGCUGGAGACCAGGGUGGUGAGAACUGUGCUACGGACGGUGAUGUCGAUGUGGCCACAGCUUUAUUUUUGGCUGCAAAGGUCUGGGGACGAGGUGGCCCUAACGGCGAGCUUGAUUACCGGGAAGCUGCCGUCAAUUUAUGCGGUGCCAUAUGGGAACAUUGUAUCCACCACGAAACAUACAUGCCUCUUAUUGGUGACUGGGCAAGUCCAGGGGAUGAAGCGUUUUUGCUUACAAGACCAAGUGACUUUAUCCUUAGCGGUUACCUAAUUUUCUAUCUUGUAUGUGAAGAUACCCAACGUGCACAACAAUGGGGACAUGUUGUCAAUGCAAUUGUAAACACUACCCAGGCUCAGCUAUCCUUCAACCCUCAGACUGGCCUUUUAGCUGAUUUCCUCAAAUUAGAUCCCAAUACACGUGUGUAUCACCCUGCCCGUGGCGAAGUUCUGGAAAGCGAGCAUGACGGAGACUACAACUGGAAUUCAUGUCGUGUACCCUGGAGACUUGGCCACUAUUAUAUGCUCACUCGAGAUGAGCGUAUCCGCCAACUUCUUGAGACUCAGGCUCAGUUCUUUGCCGCUCAACUUGCACGCGGGGGUGGGGGCAAUGGAGAUUGUGCAAUUAGAGCAGGUUACAAACUUAAUGGCCAUUCUUAUGCAGAUUACACUGAUAUGGCCUUUGUUGCUCCCGUCAGUUUUCUUUUCUGGGUUCUUGGCUGGCAGAACCAGAUGCAUCAGGUUGUGCAGGAUAUGAAUUCGAUGGAAAUGACAUACUUUGGAGAAAGCAUUGCUAUGUUGUGUUUACUCAUGGCUCAUGUUCCUUACUAA